AUGAUCCCCCCGACCAGCCAGAACUUCCUGGUGAACAACCUGGCGGCGGGCAGCCAGUACGACCUGUGCGUUCUCGCCAUCUACGACGACGUCAUCACCUCGCUGACGGCCACGCGUGUGGUGGGCUGCGUGCAGUUUACCACCGAGACCGAGUACAUGCGCUGCCACUUCAUGCAGUCCCAGUUCCUGGGCGGCACCAUGAUCAUCAUCAUCGGGGGCAUCAUCGUGGCGUCGGUCCUCGUCUUCAUCAUCAUCCUGAUGAUACGCUACAAGGUCUGUAACCCCGGCAACGGCAGUAAAGGCGUGUCCCUGCGGAUGACCAAUGUCCACUCCCAGACCAAUGGACAGCAGGCCCAGGGCUGCACCGUCACCCCCAGCCCGUCCAAACACAGCGCCCUCGCCCUGGAAGAGCUCUCCAGCGGCGCCAGAGAGAAGGAGGGAGGAGGCAGAGGAGGAGGCCUGGGAGGGGGCUUAGGAGGCAGGAGGCAGGACACCAUGACCCAGUCGUCGGAGACCUUGCUGAGCAACUCCUCCCCGGGCACGGCGGUGGCCAGCCCACCCUGGGCCUCCCAUGGGGCAGUGGGGGAGAUGGGGCCACCUAAGAGAGGCUCAGAGAGGGGCCCGACCGCGGGGGCCCGGGGCCACCAGGGCCCGGCGGCCGAGCCCGUUGGCGAGCGCCCCCCAAGCAAGCAGUCCUCUGGCGGCACCCUGCCCAAGGCCAGGAGGAAGCCCGCCCCCGGGAAGCCCGGGGAGAGGGCCCCCGGGGAGAGGUCCCCCGGGGACCGGCCGGGGUCGGCAGAGGGUCUGAUCUCGCCCAGCGCCCCCCGCCCUAACUCCUCCUCCACCUCCUCCUCCUCGGCUCUCCUGCCCCCCUCCUCCGGCCGGCUGGAGCACCUCAACACCAACCGCAACAACUCCACCUCGCUGGAACAGCCCCCGGACCCCUCCUGCCCCCACCACCACCACCACCACCACCCACCCCCUACCUUCCCUCCACCCACCGCCAGCCCCGCCCUCCACUUCAAGGACACGCCCGUCCUGCGCCGUGCCCCCCGGGGCCCCUGCCCCUCCCCCUCACCCUCCCGGUACCAGACUCUCCCCACGGAGGAGGUGGGGAGGCGGGGCAAGGCCCGAAGGCGGUACUCCCUCGGGGAAGGAGGAGGAGGAGUAGACAAUACUCGCCGCCUACAGCCGGGGGGCGGAGCUCCCAAAUUAGGACGCAUGAUGCGGAACAAAAGGAGCCAAUCGAUGAGUGUCAUGCUAAUCCCCAAGGAAGGGGAGGCGGAGUCUGAGAGGGAGCGCUGUGAUUCUGAUUGGAUCCUGGAGAGCACCGUGUGA